AUGAGGUUGAAGCGAGCCAAGGCCUAUAAGAAGCAGAUGGCGGUGUACGUCCACUCGUUUAAAUUCAAGGCGCCGUUCCAGACGCUUGUCGACGCCGACAUCGUCAUCCACUGCUACAACAUCAAGUACAACAUCCUCAAGGGGCUCAGCUCCACCGUCCAGGGCGAGAUCAAGCCCAUGAUCACCCAGUGCUGCAUGGAGCAGCUCUACAAGACCAACGACGAGAAGCUCAUCGCCCUCGGCAAGAAGUUCGAGCGCCGACGGUGCAACCACAAGCCCGCCAUCGACGCCGACCGGUGCAUCGAGCUGGUGACCAAUAUUGACGGCGAGAACAAGCACCGCUAUGUCGUUGCCACUCAAUCGGAGCGGCUUCGCAAGCAGCUACGCAAGAUCCCGGGGGUGCCGUUGAUCUAUAUGAACCCCGGGGUGAUGGUGAUGGAGAUGAUUUCUAAGGCGCUGGAGACUCACCGCGACCAGAUCGAGAGCGCCAAGCUUACGACGGGGUUAAACCGCACCGGCGCCGACGCCGACGACGCGAGUGCGGAACCGCAGCGCAAACGGAGAAAAGUCAAGGAGCCCAACCCGCUCAGUGUAAAGAAAAAGCACACGGUAAAGCCGCCUACAAAUCAGGGAGACGACGAUAAGAAACCGCAACGUCGGAAACGGGGCAAGAGGAAGCCCGGGGACUCGGCGAGCCAAGGCCCCGAACCGCCUGCGGCUGCUGCUACUGCUUCGCCCACAUCCCCUAGCGACACCGCCACCACCGACAGCGCCGCCAUCGCCAACGCCAACGAAAAACUGGCGCCCGCUGACGACGCCUAA